CUUAUCUUACACGGUUUUUGACGUUGUCAACAAAUCGUUAUCCGAAUUGUUAUUGUUUAUGCCGUCAGGUGUGUGAUUAUUCGACGAAUAUUUGGUGAUUUUUGUGCAUUUUGUGACUUUUUCUUCUCUCCAACAGAUUUUUUCACCAGGUUGAAAAUCCGGAGACAGGAUGAAAGCGUUGCAGCUUAAAAUGGGCCUGCAACGCCAAAACAAAUACUGGCGCACUGUUUGUUGUCAUGUAAGAUCAGCUGCCCUCUUCUACGGAGUUUUUCAUCUUAUGGUGUAUAUGCUGACACUAGUUGUCAUCCUUGUCAAUGAUCGAUUUGUCUUGGAACGUGUUGAAUUAAGUUCCAUCACUCUUGAGGAAUCAGAUGGAGAUUCGCUAGCAGUCUCCGAUAAUGAUUUUAACAAUGCUGUCGGCAUCAAACCCGACCGCCAAUCUCCAGAUUAUCUUUUAGCUCAGCUGGCGCAUGCUGCUGCUCAAAACAUGUUUGGCUGUGAAAGAUUUGUUGGGGUUGUUGCUACUCUCAGCGCAUGUGGCAUUGCCCUGCUGUUUGUCUAUGGAGUGUGCAGAGGCAAGCCUGGCUGUAUGAUCCCAUUCUUCUGCUUUCAAGUUUUUGAUUUUCUCAUCGAAAGUUUCUUUGUGAUGGGAUACAUUUGCUCCUUCCCUGUAAUGGAAGUCAUAGUUUCCAAAUCAAUGAUGCGUUUUCCAGUCGACCUCAGCCCCCGGAUGAUCACGAUUCUGAUACUCCUCUCGUUCGUUGCCACUUUACUUGUGAAGUCGUACUUCAUUCGCGUAAUGUUCAACUGCUACAAAUUCUUCGUCCUCCGCCAGACCAACGCAUUGCGGACCGUUAAUUGCAUUGAACCACCAAUGGAUAAUCAGUCUCUUUUGCCGAGCUAUGCAGCUGCUGCCACCAAGUAUUUCCCACCACCACCUCCAGAUUACGCCACAGCUUGUGCUCAAGAUUUCCCAAAAGUCAAUGAUCCGAAUCCAAUUCCAGUGAAUGUACAGGCCCCUCCAGCCGCACCCAACACUGGAAAUGCAGCUCGCUCAAUGUAAAACCUAGUACAAUAAGAUUGAAUUUCUUAUUGAGUGUGGUACUAGGCAUUCGUCUACCCCCAAAUCAUUCCUUUUUACCCUAACAUUUUGGAAGCCAUUUUGUUGGCUUAGACACUCAACUUUACCUCCAAAUUUUAUUUGGUUUUUGUAACAAUCAAAAAAGCGUCAACAUUUCCAGAAAAUUCUGCUCAUCCUUGUAAUAUUUUGCAAUACUUAUUGGAAUUUAAGUUGGUACUAUGGUGCUUGAUAUUAUGGUUAUUUGGGUUUUGUCUUCGUAGUCUUCAUCCGGUUGUCCAAACUAAAUGUACUAUAAACAAUGAAAGUGAAAGGACAUGGUCCAUGCCGCCAUACAGCCUUGAAGAAGCCUGAUUUUGACAUUUUUUUCUAGGCCUUGAAAAUGCUCAGAAAGUGCUUAAAUACUCUGUAUUAAUUUUCAGUAGUAAAUGCUCUUUCUUAAGAAGUAACAUAGCAUUUGAUGUGAAGCAACCACACGUAGAGAAAACAUGACAAAGGAGGUUUUGAAAAACGAUAAUACUUUUUCUUGAGGCUGCAUGAACCAUGAAUGAUCGCCUUUGUUUACCGUAAUUUGACUCUUUUAAGUGAGUUGAGCAUUAUCUUAGUAAAUGCUGCUAGAUCUUAGCAUUUGCAGAAUUUGUAGCUCAUAAAGUAUGCAGGAAUGUUGAGUUUUCAUUGACACUAUAUUCAAAGUUAUUCUGGCUCCAAUUAAACCAUUGUGAUUUAUUUUUAGCUAGUCAAGGUUUUCCCUCCUAAACAUUUUUAAAUUGAUUGUUUUAUUUUUUUACGGCUGAUUUCACUAUUAUGUGUAGUAAUCUUCUCUAAAGUAGUUUACUUCAUAAUGCUGUGAAGAGAAAGAAUAUUCGAAUCUCAAACAAUACGGAAGUAUUGUUGGAACCUUUAAAUUUAUCAAAUCAAAUCUUAACAUUUUUAUAAAUUUUUUAAAUCUAGAGUUACAGUACUGGUGAGAUGAUGCAUAAGUAAAUUCGUUUGAUUUUGAGCGUUCGCUAUAUCACUUGAUCCUUUGUUGUGUGUUUGUUGAAUUUGAUCAAAUGAGAAUGUUCAUCAAUGGUGUUAAAUGAAAAGUCAUUUUUAUCCUUUUUUCAUGCACCGCAGGAAAGCUACCCCCAAAAGUCUUGAGAGCUCCAAGAUCAGCUUUGUUUGCAAAAAUUUUAUACACUUUUAAACAUUCACAAAUUUUUACCAUUCUGAUUUACAAUCUGUUUUUUUUUUAUAUAUAUAUCCUGUACCAUCACAUUGCCAUUCUUUGCAAGAAUGCCGUAACUUCUAUUCCAUAGUUUUCAAUUAAUUCCUGACAAAAAGUUCUAUUUCAAGAAAACCAGCAAACUUUCAACCUGAUAUCUUCAGAGUGACUGUAGCGUACCAUUGGAGACUAAUACUGAAAAGUUCAAGCACUUAAGUACGCAGUUUAACAGCAAAGUUUAUCGGAAACAAAAUUGCAAGAUAUGAAUGGACUUAUGGCGUUUCUGCUUUGAGUGGCAGCACAGAUCUGUCUCAUUAUGGCAUAUGAGCUACUUUUUGUCAAAACUAUCAUAUAUAUAAUUAAAUUGAAAAGAAUAGAAACCGUAGAAAUACGCACCCAAGCUCUGCACAAUCACUUAUUUUUUUUGUGCCACCUAUAAUUUUAACUUUAAUGUCUUCAAGGGUCUAUGUCUAUACAUAGUUAUAAAUUAAUGUAUUUGACUAUCAUAGUUUGUAUUAUUAUUUAUUGGAAUCAAAUUUUUAUGUACCAGUUAAAUCUUGUUUUAAAGUGGUCACUUGCAAUCUGUACACCCUCGGUUUCUUUGUCUUUUUUUAAAUAUCCCUCCAAAUUUUCCCUUGAUAUGGAUGAAUUAUUAUUAGAUGAUGUUUGGCUGUCAUAUUGAAGAUCUUUAUUUAAUUUAUUUUUUUCCCUGUUAAUUAUUCUCUGCCAUGUUUAGCAUUUAUUUCCUAUUAAUUCUUUGUUUUAAAAUAAUGCAAUUUGUUUUCUUGAUUAUUCAGUGCACAAUCCGUUAUUUCUUCUAUUUUUGUUUAAGUAGCUCAAUGGAUGUAAAGAGAAUCUUAAAGAAAGGGGGAAAUCAUAAGAAAAGUAUUAUGUGUGAGGAAAAAUUCUUUCAAAAUGAAUUAGAAAAGGGAGGUAAUAUAAUUUAUUGUGAUGACAAUACUUUGGUGAUAUACUACAUAUGAUAUCCAGAAUUCAAAUCUGAAACUGGGUUUUAUAGAUCGUUUCCAAUAGUUAAUUUAUUUACCUAGGGCAUUUCUAGAAAUUUUUCAGAAGUAGCCAAACUUGAAGAAGUUCAUUAUUGGGAGCUGUUUCCCAUCAAUGUAUUCUCUUUCAUAAGUCCAUAUCCGAAAAUCUGUCAAAUGGACUCAUAUCACUAUGAUAAUAUACUAAGGUCAACAAUUACAAUCUAUUUGUAUAAACAAAGUAACCUUACUUUCCAAAAUAUUUCUUGAUUAAAAGAUAAAGUCAUUCCAUAGACUAGAAUAUGUUCCAGUAUGAAUGAGUUUCACCAUACAUGUAUACAUAGGAAAUUAAGCAAAUAUUCUAUCAUAAAAUUAUUCCUUGUCUAUCAUAGAUCUCUAAGUAUAUUUUGUCAAAUUUAUCCAUCCUAAUAGUAUUUAUGUACCUAAAUAAAUAUUUUCUUUUUUGUUUAUUGUGAA